AUGGAUUCGAGAAAUCUUGUUGUUCCUCUACAACAGACUAGAGAAGAAGCGAAGCAGAAGGCUUUCGUACCAGCAGAGGGAAGGAAUAGAAGAGUGCUUCAAGAUAUCGGCAAUUUAGUGAAUGAUCGUGUCUCUUUGCAAGGGAAGAAACCAAUCACAGAAGUUGUAGAUCCUGCAGCUGCUGGUAAUGUGAGGGCGCCUGCAGCAGCUACAAAGGUACCAGCAGCAGCAAUAAAGAAGGUGAAUGAGAAGCAUAGAACUGAGGAUGUGAUUGUGAUAAGCUCUGAGGAAACUGAAAAGAGAAAACCUGUUAGCAGAAGAGUAUCAAGGAAAGAAGUCAAGACACUCACUUCAAUCCUCACUGCCCGAAGCAAGGCCGCAUGUGGUAAGCCUGAGGAUACACUAGAGGACAUUGAUGCUGCUGAUGUUAAUAAUGAGUUGGCAGUCGUUGAUUAUGUUGAUGAUAUGUAUGAAUUUUACAAGCUUACAGAGGUUGACAGUAGGGUACAUGCCUACUUGCAAUUCCAACCAGACAUCAAUGCAAAGAUGAGAUCAAUCCUCGUAGAUUGGCUGAUUGAAGUUCAUCGAAAGUUUGAACUGAUGCCGGAAACUCUUUAUCUCACCAUAAAUAUUGUGGAUAGGUUUCUAGCAGUGAAGGUGGUACCGAGGAGGGAACUUCAGUUGGUUGGCAUCAGCUCAAUGCUGGUAGCCUGCAAGUAUGAAGAAAUAUGGGCACCAGAGGUUAAUGAUUUUGUUUGCAUAUCUGACAAUGCCUAUGUAAGAAAGCAAGUUCUGGCAAUGGAGAAAGCAAUCUUGGGAAAGCUAGAGUGGUAUCUAACUGUUCCAACGCCAUAUGUCUUCCUGGUUAGAUAUAUCAAGGCCUCCAUUCCAUCCGAUAAAGUGACAGAGAAUCUGGCGUUCUUUCUGUCUGAACUUGGUCUGAUGCAAUAUCAGAUUGUUGUCAAGUAUGGUCCCUCAAAAAUUGCUGCCUCAGCUGUGUAUGCUGCUCGAUGUACUCUGGAUAGGAGCCCUUUCUGGACUGAAACUUUAAAGCACCACACUGGCUACACUGAAGAUAUGUUACGGGAUUGUGCAAAGCUUCUGGUUCAAUUUCACUCUGCAGCUGCUGGAAGUAAGCUCAAGGCUGUCUACAAGAAGUUCUUAAGUGAAGAUCGUGGUGCUGUGGCUCUUCUUACACCAGCCAGAAGCCUUUCGCCUGAAUCGCCAUGA